AUGGCUUCUUCUUUACGCAUCCAGAUUCAUAACUCUUACGAUGGAAAUCCUCGACCAUUCUAUCCAGUCGUGGUCAUCGGGGCUGGUGCAUCUGGUAUUGCUGCUGGAUUCCAGUUGAAGGAAAAGUAUAAUUUUGACCAAUUCCGGAUUUUCGAUCGUCUGUCAGGCAUUGGAGGUACAUGGUGGGCAAAUAAAUAUCCCGGAGUGGCAUGCGAUGUACCGACCCUUUUCUACUCGUUUUCUUUUGCGCCAAAUUAUACCACCAAAACCAUCUUUCCUUCCGGACGCGAGUACGUCGAGUACCUGUACAGCGUGGUCGAGCGUGCCGGAAUCGCAGAUAAGAUCCAGCUGAACACUGAAGUAUCCAACGUCGAGUGGAUCGAGGAGGACUCCGAAUGGGAGCUUCAAAUCAACUAUAUAAAUUCCAUCGCGAACUCCCGUCUGGAUAGAACCGAGACCGUACGAGCUAAAAUCGUCAUCAGUGCAGUUGGCAUCCUAGUUGAGCCGAACGACUGGCCCGCAGAUAUCAGAGGGCGAGACUCCUUCACCGGCCAGGUAAUCCAUUCCGCCCGAUGGCCCGCUGCUGCCAAUCUCGACGGUAAAGACGUCGUCCUGGUAGGUUCUGGCUGCAGCGCAGCGCAGAUCGCUCCCGCUCUUCUCCAAACGAACAUCAAGUCCCUGACGCAGGUUAUGCGCUCGCCACCGUGGCUGGUUCCUCGUGCAGAGGAACCCGGUGGAAAAGAAGCGUAUGCAAACUGGGCGCCGCGGAUUUAUGGUUCUGUGCCUCUACUGGGGUUUUCUAUGCGCAUGCUGCUUUGCUGGGUGUCGGAGGUGGUUUGGUAUACGGCGUUUCAGGGGAAGAAUGAUAAACUGCGUCAGAAAGAGGAGAGUUUGUCGUUGCAGCAUAUGCGCUCUAUAGCUCCAGAAAAGUACCACUCUAUACUGACGCCCAGUUACAGCCUGGGCUGUAAACGACGCGUCUUUGACAACGACUGGCUUCGAAGCAUGAGUGAUCCCCGCUUUACGCUGGUUAAUAAAUCGUGGGUUGGCGCUGAGGGAGGGAAUAUCAUGGUCGGAGGAGCAAAGGAUUCCGAGGGCUUCUCAGAGACGGAUACAUACCAUGCAGAUACUCUGAUCCUAGCGACUGGUUUCGAUGCCACGCAGUUCCUACAGCCCGUCUCCGUCCUCGGACGUCAGGGACUCUCGCUGCAUGGUUUAUGGGCUACUCGCGCCGGAGCACACGCGUACAUGGGCACUGCGGUAGACGGGUUUCCGAACUUUUUCAUGAUUAUGGGACCGAAUACGUUUGCUGGUCAUACGUCCGUGAUGAUGGGGAUUGAAAAUAGUGUUGAGUAUGUGCUUCGAUUGAUCCAGCCUGUUCUUUCUGGACAUAUGGAAACAGUUGAGCCUUCGACGGCAGCAGUGCAGAAAUGGGUCCACGAUAUCAGACGAGAUAUGAAAUCUACUGUUUUUGAAGGUUGUAAAAGCUGGUAUAAUGGUUAUGGGGGUUAUAACUCGGUCAUGUAUCCACGCUCCCAGCUAGACUUCUACCUCCGGUGCAAGUUCCCACGAUAUAGGGACUGGAAUCGUACUCUAUCCAGAAAGGGUCAGCGUCGACAACUCCGCCGACGUGCUACCAGUGUUCUUUUGGGUGCUAUUGCCUUGGCGGCAUGCUAUGGGGUGAUCAUGUAUGAGGAAGUCGGUCUCUCCGCAGAUGCUAUGGAAUAUGUGACGCAGGGGGUGCAGAGGAUAUGA